AUGCUGUGCCCGGCCAAAGCGCUAUCAGUGGACCAAUUCCAAUUUAGGUACCAUAGGUGCUGCUGCCGAGACUCUUCGAAAAAUCGAACUCGAAAAUGCACAAGCGCGAUCCGUUGCUGGGGCAUUGACUCCGAAUCCUUAGGGUCUAGAUCACAAGGUGAAAAAUCACCUUCUGGUAAAGAGAUCGUAGUCGACUCCAAACUAGAACUUAAUAGGGGAAGGCGGUAUGGCCUUAUUGGCCUAAAUGGGAGCGGUAAAUCAAUAGUCAUGCACGCCAUUGUCGACAGGGAGCUUCCUAUUCCUGAAACCGUUGAUAUGUACUUGAUUGUUCCGGAAAUGGUGAAGGCCUCGAAGUGCCACUGA